UAAUUGCAGAAAGACCCCACGGGUGGGGUGGGCUUCUCUUUCUGCAAACAUUUAUUCAUCUUUUUGUGUCUGGUCCCCCACUUUCUCUCUCUCUCUCUCUCCAAAGACACCAGUCAACCACCAAUUCCUUCUUCCUUUUGCUCAGUUGCCUCUACAGACUUUGCAUUUACAUUUGCAUCUUGUUUUCUCCCCUUCUCUCUCUCUCUUGAUUCUUGAAUCCUAUGAUUGGGGCUGCGUUUGAUCUGAUUUUCUUGAACAAACCUCCCCUCAAAAAUUAAAAAAAAAUGGAACUUAUGGAGACACACACCAAAAAUCAAGGAGCCAAUAAUAAUUCCAAGUCGGACCACCACCGCGACCUCCUCCACCACCGCCUCCAAAGUCAAACCGAACCCGGUUCUGGGUCCGGUCCAGCCCCGCCCCAUGGUCCAUUCAUGGGCUCCAUCUCACUCCAACAACCAACAAACUUAGCCCACUCCCCUUCCUCCACCUCCUCCGCCGCCUCCACAGCCAUCAUAAGCAAUAGCGAUGAAAAUAACAAUAACAACAGCGCUUUGGCGACCACUAAGGUCGCCAAGAAGCCUUCAAAGGACCGCCACACGAAGGUGGACGGCCGCGGACGGCGCAUACGGAUGCCGGCCCUGUGCGCCGCCCGCGUCUUCCAACUGACGCGGGAGCUCGGCCACAAGUCGGACGGCGAGACCAUCGAGUGGCUCCUCCACCAGGCCGAGCCGGCCAUCGUCGCCGCCACCGGCACCGGCACGAUUCCGGCGAAUUUCUCGACGCUCAACCUGUCGAUGCGGAGCAGCGGCACCACCAUCUCCGCCCCGCCGUCGAAGUCCGCUCCCCUCUUCCUCGGCGGCGCCGGCGGGAUGCUCGGAUUCCACCACCAGCUCACCUCCGCCUCCCAUUUCGGGCAGGACCCGGAUGAGAAUUACCUCAAGAAACGGUUCAGGGAAGACGCGAGCGGCGCCGGUUCUCCUAAAUCAGCGAGAACCGGCGUCCAUGAGCAAGAACCGGGUCAGGAGAACAAACCCGGUUCAUCCCAGCCGGCUGGGUACAUCCCGGCUCCCGCCAUGUGGGCGGUGGCCCCCGCCGCCGGCAAUGUCGGGAAUGCCUUCUGGAUGCUCCCGGUCACCGGGAGUGCCGCCGCGACGACGGCCGGGCAGCAGGAGUGGCAGUACAAGACAACCACUGCGCAAAGAAUGGGCGGGUUCGAGUUCUCAGGAACCGGGCGGUUCAACCCGGUUCAACUUGGGUCGAUUAUGCAGCAACCGGUUCAUCAGGUCGGGUUGGGCGUGACCGAGACAAACAUGGGAAUGCUAGCGUCCAUGAACGCCUACAACAAUAAUAACAAAAACAACAACCACAACAUAAUCGAUCUCGGCAUGAAUUUGGACCACCACCACCACAAGAGUCAGCCGCAACAAAGCAACAGCGGCAACGAAACGGCCAAAGAUUCACAAUAGUUUGGAAAAAAAUGAGUUUGCUUCAAUACACUUCCAAUAUUUUUCCUUUGCUUGUAGUAGUAUUUAUUUUACCUUUUCAAUUUUUUUUAUUGCUUAGGGUAAAAAUGUGCAUAUGUAUUUAUUUUUUAACUGUUGUUGGCUUUGCUAAGUAAUUAAGUCAUUUGCCCUCUUUCUUGAAUUA